UCCAAUGAUAAACAACCGUGGAACACGGCACUUGCAGUGUAAAAGUUUUUUAUUUUGUGAAAAUAUUCAGUUUUUAAUAGUUUAAUAACAGUAGAUUCCCAUAUUUCAGCAUGGACCCAAUGGAAUCAAGCUGCAACGCCAUAAUCAAGCAGGAGCUCAUAAUUGACGACGAUCUGGAACUGCACGACUACGAGCACUUGCUGCAGGAAUUUUACUACGACCAGCCCGCCGAUGAGAACCAGAGCGAUACAGUCGGCGAUGCCAGCGAGUUUCAGGUUGAGGUCGAAGUUCCUGUCCCGGAGGAGGCGGAGGCUGUUCCGUGGCCCGUGGAAGAGCCCUCGGGUCGCGACCAUGGACGACUCACGGCGAUUCCGAUGCAUCGUGACGAGCACGGCUUGUUUAACUGCGCCGAGUGUGGGAAAUCGUACGAGAAGGAAAAUACCUACUUUUGGCACGUUCGGAGACAUUUAAAUAAGAAGAAUGAAAGGUUUUUCUGCCAACCGUGUGCGAGGUCUUAUACUACAAAAUACCAUUUACUCCAACAUUACACAAAUAUCCAUGGCAUGGCUUUCGAUGCUUCUUCACAAAUGGUAGUUCAGGUCGAAUCAAACCAAGUUCCUUCAGCUUUAGAAAGCAACCAGCAGAAAGAUGACCAGCUGGAAGGCGAUAGUUUCGACUUCCUUCUGGAAACCUUCGACGAAGAAGUGGCCAACCCGAGUUCCGUGAUCGUGAAGGAAGAGUAUGUAUUUGAGGACGGCAACCAAGCUGACGACUACGAGACAUCCCUGGUUGAUGUCUUGCACAGUUCGACGGAGAUCAGGCCCGCGAUGGCUUCAAAGAAGAGUUCCCGAACCACGGGGCCUGCUAGAGUGCGACCUUACUAUGCCCAACAAUGUCCGGUAUGUAAGAAUUGGUAUCACACCGCGGCGGGUUUGCAGAGGCAUCUGCAGCGGCAUCAUGGCAUGCAAGAGAAUGAAAUCUUGCCAACGGUGGAUAUUGAUACGGCUCUGAGCUGCGCCAUAUGCGACAAACACUUUGCCUCACCCCAGCAAUACAAACUUCAUAAAAAACGACACGCUAAAAUUGAUUCAGGAAACUUCAAGUGCACUUACUGCUCGAAGAUCCUCGGUUCGAACCAAAAGCUAAAAUCUCACGAAAUGCGGAAGCAUCGAACGAUCCCGUCCAAAAGUGUCCUGAAAAGCGAAAUGAACCCAAUUGAUCAGCCAAAACCAUGCACGAUCAUUCUGGAAGACAUACACCGCCAACAGGACGUCAAAGAAAGCCCAAAAAAGACCCAACGCAAGCAAAAAUCGCCAGCUUUUCGUCACUGGAAGGGGCGACCCAAAGGAUCUCGCCAAUGUCCGGUGUGCAAGCAGUGGUUCCUUACGCAGGAUGAUCUGCGAGUUCACUUCCCGGUUCAUAACCAGCGCAGCAAGCACGUUGAAACCAAAAUGGAGUACAAUCAAGAUCGGCCGAAUCCAGUUGAAAUUAUGCCAGCUGACCAUCAAUUAGAUCCGGAACUUAGCAAGCCGCUUGAAAUGAAAUCGGAACCGAUUCUGAACGUACGUAGAAAGGCUGGACGUCCCAAAGGAUCGCGGAACUCUUCGAGCUUGCCCAAGGUGAAGUCAGAGCCGAGUCUGCACGAGCGUGGAAACGGUAUCAGACAGUUGCGAAAACGAGUGUCGAAUCCACCUGAUUUGAAAUCAGAACCAACCUUGCACGAGCGUCCAAAACCGAUCGAAAUAAAACCGGAACCGUUCCAACUCGUACGCAGAAAGGCUGGCCGACCCAAAGGAUCUCGGAAUGGUUCUCGGCUGAUUGUUAUAAAGGAGGAACCACAGCUGCACGUGCGUAGGAAGGUGGGACGUCCCAAAAAAGUCGAAAACGUUGCAAAGGUAAAUGGACUAAAACAGGAGGAACGGUUGGGUCAGCUUCGUAGAAAGGUUGGAAGACCAAACAAAAAAUCGUUCACGUACUGCGCACGAUGUUCCAAACAUUUUACCUCGUAUGCCAGCUUUAAGGCCCAUAAAAGCCGGCAUCGAAAUGUUGACCAGCGCCGGUUUUGGUGCAUUCCGUGUGAAAAGGGAUUUGCCUCGAUGAAUGAAAAAGUUUCCCACGAACAACGCGGUCACAAGCACAAGGUUGGCAGUCCUGGCACAGUCCAACCGUUGAAACCCCUGACUCGCAAGCCUGCGAACGAGCAUAAGGCUAGUUUCGGCGGUGAGGAGCGCAAACGCAAAGUUGGACGCCCCAAAGUAUGCCGGAAAUGUCCGCUGUGCAAGAUUUGGAUCCGGUCUACGGUUUUGUUCAAGGAGCAUGUUCGAGAACAUAUCCAGGGCUAGAGGUUGGGGUGCAAUGAGAUACGGAAUAAAACUGCCGGUGGCUGGAGUGUUUUAAAACGAGCCAUCUUUGUGAUAAAAUAAAACGAAGUUGAAUUAAACACGA